CUGGCAGUGGUAUAGUGGGUUAAAUAAUGGAUGUACAACAAUUUUCUACUAUAGAUGGAUACACCUAUAUGUUUUUAAAGUUUAUUUAAUAAAAACAAGAUUACUGUUAGAUUUCGAUUUUUCUGCAACGGCUUUGCCGAAAACCAGUUAGAGGAAAACACCAUGUGCGCAUCGUAAUGAACUCAGUGGAGUUGGCAUCAGGUCGCGGAUCGCGUACGCGUCGUUAUGGCUGAGCUUUUCAUCAUUGGACAACUUUGUAACGCCGAGGAAUUUCCAUCCAAGAGUUUAUUUUGCAAGUGGAGCGUCCACGCUGGUAAUAACUGGAAAAUUAUAUCUGGUCACAAAGAAGGACAAACCCAAGUGGACUCGCCUUAUUACGAUAACCGAACCUGGUGGUGUCACCCGAUUGACAUUCACUUCGCAUCUAAAGGCAUACAAGGUUGGCCUAAAUUUCACGUUCAAGUAUAUCACUACGACAGUUACGGACGUAGCGAGAUUUACGGGUACGGAUUUUGUUACGUACCGACCACACCGGGAACGCAUACAGUAGAUUGCCACACUUGGCGGCCAAUCGGUAAUUUCAGAGACGAGUUUCGCCGGUUCUUUCUCGGCGGUGGCGCCCAACUGAAAUCGCCGGAUUUUGUAUAUUGUGGGACGGACCGGUACCGGUUGCACACCGAGUCUCUGGGAAAGGUGCGCUUCCGGUUGAACGUGAUCGCCCGGAACUUUCGACGUUACGGAGUGGAACUAUAAACAAUGAUCAGAAGUAAAC